GGCGAUGGCGGUGGCGGGAGGGGAGGCGGAGGAACCGGGCGGCUCUUUCCGUCGAUACCUGGCGCGGUUGGGCGCCCUGCGGCCUCAACCCGGCGCGGAGAGGCCCGACGAUGACGGCCGCCGCCGCACCGAGCUCCACCUGCUCUUCGACCAGCUCAUCUCCGAGAGCUGCGGGCCGGCGCCGGCGGUCGGGCCCAGCCCGCAGGAUGUUUGUGCUGUGCUUGUCCAAGCCUGUCAGCUGGUUCACCUUGAUCAGGAACAUCUUGUCAGCAAAGUUUGUCAGCUUAUCCACCACUUACUUAACAGAUUUCAGGUUAUGGUUGAUGAACAGAACCUGAAUUUUCUUCUCUCCUACUGCAUCUCUGCACUUAAGCAGUGCAGCUCAUGGACACAUGUUGAAAUUCUGCAAGCCUUAGCAGCUCUUGUUUACAAUAAUGGACCUAAAUGUCAGAAGUAUCUCCCGGAUUUGCUGGGUGAGGCUGGGCUCCUGCUGCAGUUCAGUGACUCUGCUCAGCCCGACGUGGAGCUCAGGAGGGCGGCAGUACGUGCCAUGGCAAACCUCUGUCUGGGUGUGCCUGGACAGCCAUACUUGGAUGAGUUGUACAGAAACAUCUGUUUUCAAACUUUUCUAAGUGUUCUACAGUCUUCAAAAUCCUCUGAUGUAGAUGACAUCACUUUUUGCAUGUUACUGCAAAAUGCACUGAAAGGUAUCCAGUCCCUUCUCAAUGGUGGGAAGAUGAAACUAAUGCAAACUGACCAAAUUGGAUCUCUUCUUGCAGUAUUAAAGAAAUGUAUGUUUCAUGGACUGCCAGGACUGAGCAUAGAAAUGCCCGCAGCCUUGUACCCGGCUCCGUUACCUCAGUACGAUAAAAGGUCUCCUGUCAAACAGGAGCAACCAGAACCAGCCACCUUCAAGCAGACAGGGAACCGAAGAAAGAAGUCCAAAGGGAAACAAAAGAAGGGAGAGUUUGGGGAAGAAGGAAGAGAACAUUUGGGUGAUGCAGGAGACGGAUCUGUCCUUGGUGCAGACAUGCUGAAAUUAGGGCUGGGGGAUGUGCAGAGCAGUCCCUGUGCGGAUCCUCGGCCUCGUGCACCGGACGUUGCACGUGUGUGUGCUGGGAAGGAGCACUUCUCUUCCCAGGGCCCUGCUUGGAAACGCAUCAGCAGCAGCGAGUCGGAGUAUUCGGAUGCUGAAGGGGGAAUACAGAGUAAAACGAGAUCUUAUCAAGCCAAUGUUCGUCAAGGGGCUUUAGCCUGUUUCCUCUCUGCUAUAAAAUCAAUGGAAAAGAGAGUUCUUUAUGGCUACUGGUCAGCAUUUGUUCCUGAUGCACCCGGCAUUGGCAGCCCCCAGUCAGUGUCCUUGAUGACUAUUGCUUUAAAGGACCCUUCUCCAAAGACCCGUGCCUGUGCUCUUCAAGUUCUCUCAGCCAUCCUGGAAGGUUCGAAGCAGUUUCUUUCUGUGGCUGAAGAUGCCAAUGAUCACAAGAGAGCUUUUACUCCCUUCUCAGUAACUAUUGCUUCCAGCAUCCGGGAGCUGCACCGCUGCCUGCUGCUCGCCCUGGUGGCAGAGUCCUCUUCUCAAACACUGACACAAAUAGUCAAGUGCCUUGCCAAUUUGGUGUCAAAUGCACCGUACGGCCGCCUAAAACCGGGGCUGCUGACGAGGGUUUGGAACCAGAUAAAGCCAUACAUUUCUCAUAAAGAUGUUAACGUUCGAGUUUCUAGCCUCACGUUGUUGGGGGCCAUAGUGUCUGUCCAAGCACCUUUACCCGAGGUGCAGUUACUUUUGCAGCAGCCCAGUUCUUCAGGGCUAAACAGCAGCGGUAGUGCCACCCCUCACCGUCUGAAUUCAGAGCACUGGAGGAAAGCUCUGCCCUCAGAAGGGGAAGCUCCAGAUCACCCAGCGGGAUGUACACCUUCAGAACCGUGCUGGCUGCUCCGUCUCUGCGUUUCCAUCAUCGUCCUGCCCAGAGAGGAUUCCUGUUCCGACAGCGACGCCAACUUCCCCGCGUUUUCCAGCGUUUAUGAACCGUGUCCCCUUCGACUGGAAUCCUUGCAGGUGUUGGCUCUUCUUGUAAAAGGUUAUUUCUCUAUGGCUCAGAGCUACUUCCUAGAACUUGGAGAAGUGGCUUGCAGAUGCAUGGAAGAAAUGGACCCAUCCAUCCAGCUUCAUGGAGCCAAACUUCUGGAGGAGCUGGGCACAGGGGUUCUGCAGCAGUACAAACCCGAGUCAGCCGUGGCCCCUGACCAGAGAGUACCUGUCAGUGUGGUGGUAACUUUCUGGACUGUGAUGUUGAAUGGCCCUUUACCUGGCAUCCUUCAGAACUGCCCACACGCCACUCUUCAGACCAGCGCCUGCGACGCCCUGUCCUCUAUCUUGCCAGAAGCUUUCAGCAGCCUGCAGAAUGACCAGCAGAUCCUGUGUGUCACUCUGCUGCUUGGCCUGAACCACAGUGAGAACCCGCUGGUGAAAGCUGCUGCCGCGCGGGCGCUUGGAGUCUACAUCCUCUUCUCGUGCCUUCGGCAGGAUGUGAUGUUUGUGGCAGACACAGCAAAUGCCAUUCUCAGUUCCCUCCACGACAAGUCCCCGAACGUCCGUGCCAAAGCAGCCUGGUCCCUGGGCAACCUCACCGACACCCUCAUCAUCAACAUGGAAACCAUGGGACAGAGUUUUCAAGAGGAAUUUUCUGAUCUCCUGCUCUUGAAAAUGUUACGAUCUGCCACUGAAGCAUCCAAGGACAGAGACAAGGUAAAGAGUAAUGCAGUCCGGGCCCUUGGGAACGUGCUUCAUUUCCUUCAGCCCUGCCACAUAGCAAACCCCAGGUUCAGGGAAGCCAUCGAGGAGUCUCUUCAGGCCCUUAUUUCCACUGUUGGGAGCGAGGCCACCAUGAAGGUGCGCUGGAACGCCUGCUACGCCCUGGGGAACGUCUUCAAGAACCCUGCCUUGCCACUGGGAGAGGCUCCUUGGACCACACAAGCCUAUAGUGCCCUUUCCUCAGUAGUGAAGUCCUGCAAGAAUUUUAAAGUGCGAAUCAAAUCGGCGAUGGCUCUGUCCAUCCCGAGCAAGAGGGAAUGCUACGGCUCCACCCAGCAGUUCGGCCAGAUCUGGAGUGCCUUGGUGGUGGCUUUGCAGAAGAGUGAGGACACCGAGGACUUUCUGGAGUUCAAGUACAGUGCCAGCCUCCGGACACAGAUCUGCCAGGCUCUGCUUCAUCUCCUAAAGCUGGCCAAGGGCACGGACCUGCCGGUCGUUUGGCAAACCGUGACGGAAAAGGGGGACACCAUCAAAUCCUACCUCUUGCAAUAUCUGAAGUCUGGAGUUGAGGAAAACGAAACGGGAACCCCCACGGACUCGUGUGACAGGGAGAGAGCACUGAAAGGAGCUCUGGAACAUCUCAGUGGGGUGGAGAAAGAGCUGGGGGGCAAAGCUCGGGUGAGAGUGUCCGGUUUUCUGGGAGAUGUCUUGACAAACCACACCAAUGCCACCGAAUUAACAGAGGCUUAGACAAAACACACCAGUUUCUUUGACCAAUAACUGACCCUUCUGGCUGGGCCCAGAGAAGGAACACCUCGCUGUCGUUUACAUGGUCACGCAGAAGAGAAGUUACCUGUUGCUGUUAUUAAAAAAAUUAUUUCAAAGUUCUUAAAAUCUUUCAUAAUGCCUGGUGGAAAGGUCUGUAGAACUUCAUUUUUAUUGUUGGUUUUCUUUGUACAUUUCACUGUUACAGUGCCACGCUUGGGAAACAAAUGCCUUUUCCUGUUUCGUAUGUUUUACAAAACCAGCCUCUUCUCUGAGUUUAUCUGCAAGCAUUUUGUUACAGUUGCUGCUGGAUUCAAAAUCCUGUUUGUAAAGGAGGGAUCUGGAAGAAUUUUGUUUUUCUGAGCCCUACAAAUGUUAUCACUCUUGUGUUCCUGCAAUAAACCCAAAUCUGCCAAUAUUUGAAUAAUA